AUGCAACGUGCUGGUCGUGCUGGUCGUAAUAAGCCUGAAAAGUGUUUGCAAUUAUUUACGGAGAAAGCUUAUCAAGAAGAGAUGCAAGAGCAGACGUACCCGGAGAUACUUCGUUCAAAUCUAGGGUGGGUGGUUUUGCAGCUCAAGAAGCUAGGCAUUAAAAAUCUCGUGCAUUUUGACUUCACGGAUCCUCCAGCUUCAGAAACCCCCAUGAGAGCUCUAGAACUACUCGAUUAUCUUGCCGCUAUAAACGAUGAUGGUGAACUAAAAGUAAGGAACCAAGAUGCCGAGCUCGAAUAUCAGCUUCUGCUGGCCCGCAUAGACUUCUCAUGGGAAUCACCAUUAAAGAAUGCGCAAAGAUUAAUCAACUUUACUCCUUUGAAGAAGAAAGGUCAAGCACUCAUGGAAUUGGCGCAGGUAUACAGCACUGCUAAUUUGCCUGCGAGUAAUAAGCAUCCAUCCUAG